UGUCACGCAACUUGACAAGCAAUUGAAAGCCGCAGCAUCGCUUCGUCCGCCGCAGAAUCUCCGAAGCAGAACUAAAUCGACUUCUUGUUAAAUUUAGCACAUUUUUGUUUCGUUUUUUUUUUCCAUGUCGCGCUUUGUGACGACAUUUUGAGUUUUAGCCGGAGUUGGAAGCCGUACAGGUGCUGACGCAGCUGGACGCCGCAAUGGUGCGUUUAAGUGUGGCUUUUAACCACCGGCGAUGACGUCAGAGUGGCAGUUUUCCGCCCGGGUAAAUAUCCCGGUGGGCUGAGGCGAUGCUCGGCUGCAGGUGCAUGGCCCAGCUGACGUCACAGCCGACGUGACAGACCGCCAGCAUGCUUCCCGGUGUCGGCGUGUUCGGAAGCAGCUUGACCGCCAGAGUCGUCAUUCCGCUGCUGAAGCACGAAGGAUUUUCCGUGAAAGCUCUGUGGGCUCACACGCAAGAGGAGGCGGAGGAGCUCGCCAAGGACAUGGACGUCCCGUUUUUCACCAACCGGAUCGAUGACGUGCUGCUGCAUCAGGACGUCGACCUGGUUUGCAUCAACCUUCCGCCGCCUCUGACGCGCCAGAUCGCCGUUAAAACGUUGGGUAUUGGAAAGAACGUCAUCUGUGAUCGCACAGCAACACCCCUUGAUGCUUUUCGUAUGAUGUCUGCUGCUCAGUACUACCCUAAACUGCUAAGCAUUAUGGGUAAUGUCUUACGCUUCCUGCCAGCCUUUGUUCGCAUGAAGGAGCUGUUCGAGGAAGGAUACAUAGGAGAGCUUCUUGUUUGUGAGGCACAGGUGCACAGUGGAAGUCUGCUAGGCAAGAAGUACAACUGGAGCUGUGAUGACCUGAUGGGUGGCGGCGGCCUGCACUCAGUAGGAAGUUACAUCAUCGACCUGCUCACCUUCUUGACGGGUCAACGGGCGUCCAAAGUUCACGGCUUCUUGAAAACCUUUGUCAAGCAGACAGAAAACAUCAAAGGCAUCCGUCAGAUCACCAGCGAUGACUUCUGCACGUUCCAGAUGGUUCUAGAAGGAGGCGCAUGCUGCACCGUCACACUAAACUUCAAUGUUCCUGGAGAGUUCCGUCAAGAAGUGAUGGUGGUGGGGACGGUCGGCAGAUUGACGGUCAAAGGGGUGGACCUGUUUGGGCAGAAGAACAAUGGCGGUCAUGAACUCCUCCUCAGAGACACAACACCUCUUGAAAAAGCUUCGUUACCGGAAAAAGCCUUCAGUGACAUCCCUGCGCCGUACCUGACCGGAAUGAUCAGAAUGAUCCAGGCGGUGAGGCUGGCCUUUCAGGACCAGGAGGACAGGAGGACAUGGGACAGCAUGCCUUUGACGAUGGCCGCCACUUUUGAGGAUUGUCUUCAUGCUCUUUGUGUUGUAGACACCAUCAAGAAGUCCAACCAAUGUGGAGAAUGGCAGAGCAUCAACGUCAUGACGGAAGAACCUGAGGUCAGCCCGGCGUAUCUGAUCAGUGAGGCCAUGCGGCGAAGUCGAAUGUCGCUCUACUGUUAGAAUCUUACUGUAGCUAAGAAUGAUGGGAGAAUCUUACUGUAGCAAAGGAUCAUGGGAGAAUCUUGAAAGGAUCAUGGGAGAAAUAUGAUGUUCAUGACAUCAACAUGUUUGCUGCUGUCAAACUAGUGACUGAGUCUUCUUGCAGAAAUAAUAACAAGCAAUCACAACUUUAUUUAUAAAGAUGCCUUUUUCCCAUCUAAAAGCUUUCAUACGAUGAAUUAAAAAUUAUUGAUACUUAGUGAACAUGAAAGCACACACUUGUUUAUGUUACAUGUUUACUCCAGGGGUGUCCAAAGUCGGGCCCAAGAUUGUUUUUAUUCCUCCUCUGCAUGUUCUAAAAGUAAAAUUUAACAAAAAACACUUUUUAAAAAUGCAGUCACUUUUAAGUGCAGGAAAUCGUCAAAUUUGUAAUCUUGUGAGAUAUUGUUUUUUUAAUUGUGUGAUAGAAAGGUCGCUACGAAUCAUUUUCAAAGCAUUAGGUUAAAAUAAUUGGUUAUUUUUAAACAAAACAAAGAAUGAAGUAGAGUAAUAAUAAAGUCGAAAAUUCAGUCAAAAUAUUAUGAAAAUAAAACUGUAAUUUUACGAGAACAUUUUGAAAAAGGUGUGAAAGAAAAGAAAACAAUAACAGCAAAAGUGUAAUAAUAAUAAGGUUUUUUCAGCAAUAACAAAUCUGAGACACAGGAUGAUGAUGUUUUUAAAGGUACAGUCAUACAAGGCGAUAGCAGCCACAAAUAUGUACCCUGCCGGGGAAUGUAUUGUUAUAAAUGUUGUUUAAUGUGGCCACUUUUUGUAUUUCCCAGAAUGUUUUUUACUCCCGAUAGCGACCACUAAUAGAAAAAUCUUUGCAAUAUGAUGCAUGAUAUUAAGAGAUAGUCUUUCCCCCACCGAAAAAAACGCUAAACUAUAUAUAUAUAUAUAUAUAUAU